AUGGAUGAUUUGCUAUCGGGUUCAAGUACCGAUAGUGAUGCAAUAUCACUUUGUAAGGAAAUUACCAAUAUUUUACAAACACACGGUUUCCACCUACGAAAGUGGAAUUCUAAUUCAAAUGCAUUUCUUGCAGAAUUUCAAGAACAUUGUUCAACAACGGACACUAAUUUAGAAAUAAUUCCUAAUGAUAAGGAAAGCACGAAAGUCUUAGGAUUAUUUUGGAACUCUUCAACAGACACAUUCAUUUUCAAACCCGCACUUGCACUCACCUCACCGCUGACAAAAAGACACAUUUUGUCCCAAUCGGCACGCAUUUUCGAUCCAUUAGGAUUAAUUUCACCAUGUACUGUUGUAAUGAAAAUUUUUUAUCAGAAGCUCUGGCUUACAAAAGGGGACUGGGAUUCUCCUAUUCCACAAAGUCUUGCUGAAGAUUUGUUUAAAUUUCAGAAAUCUUUCAAUGCAGUUGAACAUUUUACCGUUCCUAGAGGUGUCACGCUUAUUUCCUCUGACACAUUUGAAUUGCACGGCUUUUGCGACGCGUCAACACUUGCUUACGCUGCUGCAAUAUAUUGCAAACAAAUACACGGAAAUGAAAUAAAGGUUUCUCUCUUAGUUUCUAAAACUAAAGUCGCACCUAUCAAACAAGUAUCUGUUCCUAAAUUGGAACUAUGCAGUGCUCAUUUGCUUUCAAAGUUAUAUCGUGCAGUCAUGAACACUCUCAAAAAAUAUAAGUUUGAUGUUUACGCUUGGACUGACUCCAAAGUCGUACUUUCCUGGCUCUUCUCGGCACAUCCCCGUAAAUGGAAGACUUUUGUUGCAAACCGGACGUCUCAAAUAAUCGAAGUACUUCCAACAAAAUACUGGAGGCAUGUCCCUUCCAAAGAGAACCCAGCAGAUAUCCGUUCGCGUGGUAUUGAUCCCAAAUGUCUUCCUAAUUGCAACUUGUGGUGGAAUGGCCCAAGUUGGCUUUUUUUUUGGAUUCGUCUCACUGGCCGAAAGAGGAAUCCGCUUCUAAAGAAAUCAAGGAUCUAA